UGUACUCUUCAGAUGGCGGAUGUUUUGAAACAAGUCUGAACAUUUCCACAAAUUAAAAUGCAAACUUUGCUGCAGACUGAACAAAAGUAACAAUGUCAUCCACACUUCGACAAGAUGUUGACUUCAAUGCACUCUUCAAGAAGCUUGGACAUCAUCUUGAAGAGAUAAGAGUUCGAGCAUUGGAGAAUGUUUUAUCUAAGUUAGAACACAAGCUUAUCUGUGAUUCGGACAUUGUACAGGAACGACAUCUCUUUAUUCGGCUUCUAGAAUGGUUCAAUUUUCCAAAAUCUUCCAGACAUUCAGAUGUCCUCAACUUGCUUCUCAGGUUAUCAGAGCAUACGUCUGCAGCAGAAGUUAUUCAAGACAUUGGUGGAAUAGAGUUCUUGACCAUUUUGCGUAAAGAUGUUACGUCUGCACUGCAGCCAAUCAUUGAUCAGAUACUGGAGAACACAAUGAGGUUACCAGACGUCCAAUCUCAAGACCAUGCCCCGGAAUGCAUAUAUCAAAAACAAAAUCACACUGGUAUGACAGGAGGGAUGGAAACUACAAUGGAUUCUGUCAAUACUAGACAUACACUGGAGCAUUCUGCUGCACCUAGUUCACAUGUACCUACAGAAACUGCUCACAAACUACCCGACUACAGGGAGCCUCCACUGGGUUUCUUUGAAGGGGAUCCUGGGCCAGUCCCUAAUGCUCACAACCUACCAACUGACCAACAGCAUCAAAUGCAUGUGGAGGUUGCCACAGGUGGAAGUGCAUGCUUUAAGAUGACAAUAUUUCCAUGGUUACCUCUUACACCAACAGACAGACAUGUUAUUGUCUCAACUAACAGAAAUGCACGCGAUGACUGUUUACUAGGUAAACAAAACCUGAAUCCUUGGAUGCUAAAACGUAACAGAGCACAGUCGGGAUUAAUUCUCCACUUGAGCAUUCACAUGAUUGAAUGGUACUCUAUAAACCUAGGUUAA